AGCGAGUUACGGAAACAUUUUCAGCUAGAUGUUCCUAAGCAACUAGUUGGACUUGAUGGUCAUCUGAAGGAAAUUAUGAAUUGGAUAGACAGUCCUUCCGUCAAUGCUCGAAUGCUUGGAAUUUAUGGCAUGGGCGGGAUAGGCAAGACCACUCUUGCCAAGUGCAUUUACAAUAAACUUUUGAAAAAAUUUGUGCAUGCCAGCUUCCUUCCAGAUAUUCGAGAAACUACUCGUCGCCACGGUAUUGAGUAUCUACAGAGCCAACUAAUAUCUGAUAUAUUACAGAGCCAAAAUAAAGUAUCUAAAUUUGAUGAUGGAAUUAACAUAAUCAAAUCUAGAUUCAAAGGAAAAAAGGUUCUCAUUAUUUUGGAUGAUAUAGAUCAGAAGGAUCAACUAAAUGCUUUGGCCAGAGAACGUAACUGGUUUACUUCGGGAAGUAUUAUCAUUGUCACAACUAGAAAUAAAGCUGUUUUUGAUCAAUCUGAAUUCGAGGUAGACAACAAGUAUGAAUUGAAUGAAAUAGAGGAGAAUCAUUCUUUGCUUUUAUUUAGCAGUCAUGCAUUUCGCAUGGACAAUCCUCCAAGGGAGUUUGAGGAUAUCUCUCAUAAUAUCAUAUCCACCAUGGGUGGCCUUCCUUUGGCUCUUGAGGUUAUAGGUUCAUACUUGUAUGGUAAAACAGAUCCAAAAGUAUGGGAGGAUAUGUGGAGGAAAUUAAAAAAAGAGCAGCAUAGAGAUGUUAAAAAGAUAUUGAAAAUAAGUUAUGACGCAUUAGAAAAUGCACAUAAGGAGAUUUUUCUCGAUAUUGCUUGUUUCUUUAUUGGCAAAGAGAGCAAAUUCGCCAUUUACAUGUGGGAGGACUGUGGGUUUUAUGCAAGUCUAGGAAUUGAAGAGUUGAAGCUGAGGUGCUUAAUAAAAAUUGACAAUUAUGGUGAGUUAAGGAUGCAUGAUCAACUGAGAGAUCUUGGAAGGAACAUUGUUCAAGAAGAAGGACCGCCUGAGAGACGUAGUAGGUUAUGGCUCUAUGAGGAAGCCUUCGAAGUACUAAUGGGAGAAAAUGCGGCAAAGCAGCUAAAAAUUCUCGACCUUACAUCUUGCGGUUGUUUAAGAUGUACUCCUGAUCUAUCCGCUUUCACAAAAUUGGAGAUUCUCAUCUUGAGUGACUGUCACAUGUUGGAGCAAGUCCACCCUUCUAUUGGCAAACUCAAGAACCUUGUUUCCUUGGACUUGGGUGGGUGUUCCAGCCUCAAGGAGCUACCUGGAGAAGUAGGCGAAUUAGAAGAACUAAAAGAACUUAAUUUACGCGAUAGUGGUAUUACAAAGAUACCUACGUCAAUCGAUUCUUUGAAGAAGCUGGAGAAACUGAUUGUUUGUUGGUCAUUGAGAGAAAUCCCCAGCUCGAUUGGGAAUCUUUCUUCUCUCCAACACCUUAACCUAGAGAACUGUUCAGUAUUGAUAGAACUCCCUAGCUCAAUUGGGAAUCUAUCUUCUCUCCAACACCUUAACCUAGCGUAUUGUCAUUCAUUGAUAAAACUCCCUAGCUCGAUUGGGAAUCUAUCUUCUCUCCAACACCUUAACCUAGAGGAUUGUGACUCAUUGAGACAACUCCCUCGCUUGAUUGGGAAUCUUUCUUCUCUCCAACACCUUAACCUAACGGAUUGUGUGUCAUUGAUAGAACUCCCUAGCUCGAUUGGGAUUCUUUCUUCUCUCCAACACCUUAACCUAGUGGGUUGUGAGUCGUUGAGACAACUCCCCAGCUCGAUUUGGAAUCUUUCUUCUCUCCAACACCUUUUCCUAUGGGGUUGUAAGUCAUUGAGAGAACUCCCUAGCGUGAUUGGGAAUCUUUCUUCUCUCCCACGCCUUGAUCUAGAGGGUUUAUCAUUGGGAGAACUUCCUAGCUCGAUUGGGAAUCUUUCUUCUCUCACAUACCUUAACCUAAGGAAUUGUCGAUCCUUGGGAAAAAUCCCUAGUUCGAUUGGGAAUCUUUCUUCUCUCCAACACCUUAUCCUAGAGGGCUGUGAGUCAUUGAGAGAACUCCCUAGCUCGAUUGGGAAUCUUUCUUCUCUCCAAUACCUUGACCUAAAGGAUUGUUGGUCAUUGAGAGAAAUCCCUAGCUCAAUGGGGAAUCUUUUUUCUCUCCAACACUUAGAACUAUGGCGUUGUCGCUCAUUGAGAGACAUUCCUAACUCGAUUGGGAAUUUACAAAAUUUGCAAUGUCUAGACAUUAGUUAUUCCACGAUUGAACAUUUGCUCAGUGGUAUUGGCAGGUUGAAAAAUCUGCGGAGGCUAAUUCUCAAAUUUUGUCGUAAUCUGAGAAGGAAAAUUCCAAGUGAAAUCGGUGACUUGUCUUCGCUCGAGAUUCUCGAAAUCACUCACGCUCCGAUAUAUAACCUACCAGAAAGCAUCCAGAAUCUUUCUUCUCUCCAACAACUUAACCUAUGGGGCUGUAGCAAGCUCCGGUCAUUGCCAGCGCCUCCUUCUAGCUCAACACAUUUGACAGUCUCUUGCCACAGUUCCAGGUUGCCACAACUUUCCCACCUAAUCCACCUUGAAGAACUUCGUCUUAAGGAAUGCGAUCUACUUGAAAACAUCCUAGAGCUUCCCUCAAGACCCUUAAGACUUUAUGUUGACUCAUGUCAUAAGCUGAUGCCUAAGCUUGACGGAUUCAAGUACUUGGAAGUGUUGUCAAUAGUCAGAUGCACUUCCAUUGAAAGAUUGGACAUUUCACAAUUAAAUCGUCUGAAACGAUUACACAUUGAGUGUUGUGAUAAUCUAGUUGAAAUUCAGGGCCAUGAUAAUUUGGAGUGCUUGGAGACGAUAGUUAUACGUUACUGUAGGUCAAUUCAAAGCCUGAUCCUUCAAGAAUUACAAUGUUUGAAGCUAUUAAAGGCUAACUUUUGUGGCAAUCUAGUCGAAAUUCAAGGUCUUAAUAGGGCGGAGUUCUUAGAGGUGUUGGAUAUCUCUAAUUGUGGGUCCAUUGAAAGAUUACCUCACCUAUCAUCUUUCGCAACCCUGAAAACAUUGAAAACCGAUGGGUGUUACAAUUUACGUGAUGUUGACAACUCCACUGAAGCAUGUACAUAAGGGGUACAAAUCCCUUGAAAAACUACCAAACCUGUCGAAAUUUGAAAAUUUAGAAUAUUUCAUGAUGAGGUAUCUUCUUUGUGGUACGGAGAUCCUGGGAAUGAGAAAUCAAAAUCUCUAAAACACAGAUAUUGCAGGAUGCGAAUUAGUGCAGACUUUGCUAGAUUUAUCAGGGUGUGAGAAGUUGAAAUAUCUAGCGGUACAAGACUACAAGAAACUUAGUCAGCUACCGGGACUUGAAAAGUUGGAUUCUAACUUUUUUGGAUAUUUGGGGGGACGACUCAUUGGAAACGAUACCGGACUUACCAGAACAAAGGUCAUUAGAAAUUGUGGA